AUGGGGGCACCCUGCUCCGUGGUUCUGAUUCGCCCCGGCUGCCGUGUGGACCCAAAGCUGGCCACGGUCUUUAUGGUGGCAGUGGAUGGGAGCCUCCAUUCCCAAUAUGCCCUGCAGAUGUGCACGGAAUGGGCGCGACCUGACAAGGAUGAAAUCGUAUGCCGCGUCUUUGGACCUAGCGACUUCACGGAGCCAGUGGAGAGGAUGUGUACAGAUCAGCUCCAGGCCGUGAUGAGGACGAAGAAAGUGGAAUAUGCCGUGAUCCCCACCGAACUGGAUGAGACUGCCGAUGUGCAUGGGGACGAUUUGAGCGACGCAGCGAAGCAGUGCCGUUUUCGUCAGCAAGCUUUCCUUGUCUUCGGUGCCCGUGGUCGUCGCUACGAAACCUCAGGUUCCAUCCCCACCUCGCCCACGCUUUCCCCGGCCGCCUCCGACGCCUCCCCGUCCGGCUACGGCGACGGCGGCGACAGCGCCACGACGCUGGGCCACGUGGCGCGGUGGUGUAUUAAGGAGGCACAGUGCAGCCUGAUCAUCGCCAGACCCAAGAUGUACCAAUCUCCUACAGGCCUGGUGAUUCUGCGGGCUGCAUCCCUGCCAUGA